ACCUCUCACAACACGCCUGCAUUUCCGUCCCAAGUGGAUAACUGCCUGGCUCUCAGGUUCCCCUGCCUCCAUCCAUCCAUCCAGCCAGCCUUUGUGAAUCCAUCAGUUCGGACAAGAACUCUGACUUCCAGCCAGCCAUGUGGCGUACCGGGUGGUCUUUAGCCGCCACUCAUCGGAUUGCCCCACCAGUCCCGCCGUCUCUCAGUGGUUUGAGUCUGCUUCUCAGUCGUGAUCUACAUCUGGGUGAUACGUUAGAGUCACGUAUCAAAAGCCGACGCACCCACAAACCGUUUUAUCAUAUUAAGAAGACGAAUAAAGUCCCGGACGAGCCGCUGACCCCGGCCAAUUUGGCCUUUUUGCGCGAAGCCGUUCAACGAUCUUUUGAGGAUGCCAAACCCAUAAGUCGAGUCGAUUCACCCCUCAAAAAUGGGUUGAGCCCUUGGGCCCGAGGUGACUGGGCUCGCGGGACGACGCGAUGUGGACUCUUGGGACGGAAAAUUGGGCUUCAACCCAUGUGGUACAAAAAUGGCAAACGCGUGAUCGCCACUUUAAUUCAGAUUGAAGACAAUCAUGUGGUUCGCUAUGUUCCACCCGAAUUGGCCAAGAAGAGUGAGACGGCGCUUCGUCGGAGUUCCCCGUUCAUAUGGAAACCGGCUCGAUCGACCCAUUUGGGCUGCUUGGUAGUUGGGGCCUUGAGUGCGGAUCCCAGUCGAUUCACGAAAGAUUACUGCGGUCUUUUUACCGAAUCUGGUCUUAUGCCCAAGAAGAAGCUGGCUCGGUUCCCGGUCACCGAAAAUGCUCUUAUUCAACCGGGUACCCCAUUGACAGCCGCUCAUUUUGAUGUAGGCCAAUUCGUGGAUGUCAGGGGGCGUAGUGUUCGUCGUGGAUUCCACGGUGUAAUGAAAAAGCACGGAUUCGCUGGAAUGCCGAGCGACGCCCGUGGAGUGACCAAAAGCCAUCGAAGACCGGGUCACGUUGGGUCGGGUCGGAAAAGCCGCAUUUGGCCGGGGCAAAAAAUGCCCGGACAUAUGGGUGGCAACUUCACUAUCCAACGUGGACUCGAGGUCCUAAGAAUCAAUUACGAGCAUAACGUCUUGUAUGUUAAGGGCCAGGCCAUUGCCGGUGCGCAUGAGGAAUUUGUGCAGGUCUUUGAUUGUCGGACCCGCGGAAAAGACCAGACAGUUUCGCCCAAACAUUUUCCAACUUGCUUUCCCGAGCAAUAUGAGAAACUUCCGGAGGAGGAAUACGCCCCCAAUGUUCAUCGAUUCGAAGACCCUUCCAUUGUUUUUGAACCUGAAGAGGUCACGAAAAAGAAGAAAAAAUGAGCAAAAUAAACGAAAUGUAAUACUUUCAAGCA